AGAAACGUUAAGAAAAAAAAAUAUAGAUUUUAUUUUAAGAGAAUCAUUAUAGUAGUUAUAGUUAUCCAUCAUUAACUGCUGUAAUGAAAAAUGUAUACAAAAUAUUAUUAGUCGUAAAUCCGUGGAUGUGAUUUGGCCCUAAUAAGUAACAGAUACAAGUCGAAGGCUGUCGUUUCUGAAAGUUACGUUAUUUGGAAAACAAAACUUGAUGUACAUUCUUGAAAAUCUUAUGCAAAUUUAGCAAAAAAAAAAAUAUAAUUUGACUUGGGAAAACAUCAACAUAUUAUUAGGUAUUAUUAAUUAAUCCGAGAGUAAAGACGAAAAUCAAUUAAUAUAUAAGGUUUGAGUGAUAUUUUUAGGAUUACAUCUAAACAUAAAUAAAAUUUGCAAAUUGUGAUGUCAUACAUUAAGCGAAUAACUGAAAAUUACAAACAUAAAAUUUCGAAUAUUACAAAAUAUAAAAUUGCAUAACAUAUAUAACGAAAUAAAAAAUAUAUAAACUACAAGCAAAUCAAAACUAAAAUUAUCAACUAAAAAAAAUAAUUACAUUGAAAAAAACACAACGUGUGCCUUAUGCUGGCCUUAAGUUCAAAUUAGUUUCAAUAAUAUUACAUAUAAACAAUAAUUCAUAAUUUGUAACGAAAUUAAAAUUAUUCUGAGAGGACUCACUACAAAGUGGACCACUACAAACAACUAUCAUUAAUGGAACAACUUAUCGGUUGAUUAAGCAUUUCAAAUGAGAAACUCGUGGAAUGUUUGCGAAUCAGUGGAUAUUUCAGAUUUAUUGUCAUCGCAUCUCCAGCAAAUCGAUCAUUUUGGAUUAAAAGAAAAAUCUAUAGUUACAUUUACAGUUGGAAGCGAAAGUUGAAAAUCAGUUGGUUAGGAAGCAGCAGAAAGAAAAUAACCCUUACCCCAAAAUGUACAUAUGUGCAGUAUCUGAAAAAUAAAUAAAGCUCACAUUUUGUGGAUGUUUCAAAUGGAUUCAGCUGAUUUUUGGCAGCAGGCCCGAGUGCCGUUUGCCUUACAAGCUGCAUCAACAAUGCAGCAUCAACAGCAGCAACAGCAUCAUCAGCUUCAGCUUCAGCUUCCACUUACGCACCCACAAUCUAAUACGCAGCCGUCAGGCAAUCAGCAGCAAAAGCAACAAUCCGACCCCGCGACUACUGCAACGACUACCAAUAAUAACCACCUGCCAUUGAACAGCAAAUUGCAGACAGGCCAUCUGCAGCAGCAACAUCAACCGCAGCAGCAGCAGCAGCAGCAACAUCAUCAACAGCAAAUGCAAUUGCAACAUCAAGUAGAGCAACAGUGUUAUGUUAGCGAAGCAAAUAAUUUUGAAGCGGAACAAGAUGUUGUCACAACGACGUCAACAUCGAAUCAUCAUUUACUAUUCAAUGCAGCUGCUGCCGCCGCAGCAGCGGUCCAUCUUAAAUCGACGGCCCUCAAUAAUCAUAAUCAAAACAAUAGCAACAACACAAAUUCAAUUGACAGUCAUCUCGUAUCAAGUUUGCCAGUGAAGCUGAAACAUGAGCAUGGACAACUGCAGCAGUCGGAUCCUCGCCAGCAACAGUCCGAAUCUGAGACUUACAGUGGCAGCGGAUUCUUUGGAUCUGUUCACAUGGUGGAUCAGCAAUCGCAUAAUAAGCAGGAACAGGAUCGCAGCACUACACCAAUAACGAAUGCAAAUAAGGCUAUGUCGCAAGGUCAGCAAUCCCCACAGCAUUCUAUUACACCAUCUGGCGGCUGUUCCACGCCUGAUAUUAAGUUCAGCAAUGAAAAGUUGGCCAACGAGAUUCAGCUUCAGCUCUCCAGAUCCAGCAGCGCAGCCGCAAUCAGUGAACGAACCCUUGAAGAAUGUUGGUCAACCCUGCAACGAGUGAGUUGGCAUCUCUUCCGUUGUCUUUUCAUGCACAAGAGCGCCAUGCAGCAGAUCCAACAGCAAAUUCCUCGUGUCGGCCUUGGGGCACAAGGGGUUGCUACCAAUUCGGCGGCCAACAUGGGCAGCAGCACCAGUGCAUCCGGAUUGGGAACUGAAACAAAGCCACAUCAAUGUCAGCAGUGCAUGAAAAGCUUCUCCAGUAACCAUCAAUUGGUACAACAUAUACGCGUCCACACCGGUGAAAAGCCCUACAAAUGCUCCUACUGUGAUCGUAGAUUUAAGCAGCUAUCCCAUGUCCAGCAGCACACGCGGCUUCAUACCGGGGAGCGCCCAUACAAGUGCCACUUGCCUGAUUGUGGUCGAGCUUUCAUACAGCUCUCAAAUCUACAACAACAUCUGCGAAAUCACGAUGCCCAGGUAGAACGCGCUAAGAAUCGUCCAUUUCACUGCAAUAUAUGUGGCAAAGGAUUCGCAACAGAAUCAAGCCUGCGAACGCACACUUCCAAGGAGCUACAGCUGCAUCUUGGUGUCUUGCAGCAGCAUGCAGCAUUGAUCGGUGGUCCGAAUGCCACAUCUUGUCCCAUUUGUCAUAAACUCUUCCUUGGCACCGAGGCUUUAAUGGAUCACAUGAAACUUGUUCACAAAGAAAAAACACCACCGCCAAAUGAGUCAUCUGGUCAAUGUAACAAUGGAUCCCAAGGUGCGAAUGGCAAUGUUUGCGCUGGUCCAAAUGCGCUCGCCUCUCAAUGCACCUCUGAAUUGAAUUGUGGCCUACCAUCGACACCAAGUCUGCAUGAAAGUUAUCUGGGCAAACGGAGAACCGCGAAUCAUCCGUGCCCCGUAUGUGGCAAGCACUAUGUAAACGAAGGAUCCUUACGGAAACAUUUGGCCUGUCAUGCCGAGACCGCACAACUUACUAAUAGUCUUCGAAUGUGGCCAUGUUCUGUCUGUCAGGCCGUCUUCACAAACGAGAACGGACUUCUUACCCAUAUGGACCAUAUGCGCAUGGAUCCCAAACAUCAGUUUGCUGCUCAAUAUGUUUUGUCGCGAGCGGCAGCAGAACAACGAGAACGCGAUUCUCUAUUGGCAGCUUCGUUGACUUCAGCCGGGAUUCGGGAAACGGCGAGCAUGUUGCCAUCGAUUGGAAUUGGUUUAUCUGGAGCUGGUGGCUCGAACUCAUUAUGCCCAUCGCCUUCGGCGAAUUCAGAGUGUUCGUCGAAUGGGCGAUUGUCCUCAUCGUCUGCAUCCGAUCAGGAACAAGACGGGGAUCAGGGUUUGAGUGAGAAUGAAAACAACAAUCACAACAACAACAUGACUAAUCUAAACAAUAACAAUAAUAGCGUGAACAACAAUAAUACCAACAACAACUGCAACUCAAGUAAAAUCAAUUUGAACUUAAGCGAGCUUCAUUUGCCCAAUUCAAAUCAGUUUAGCAUGGAGCAUGCCGAGCAGCUGCAUGCAAAUCGAAUGUCUCUAAUGGCAGCUGCUUCAGCCGCCGCAGCAGCUGUCGCUGCCUCGUCUCAUGGUUCACGCUCUCAAGAGGACUCCAUUGAUGCCGUUGUCACUGCUAACUCGGGCAGUGCGGUUGUCCAGGCGGCAGUUGUUAAUCUAGCCGCCGCCAUGCGAAUGAACAAUACUGUAAAUCCACAUACGCAACAGCACGCAGAUCAACAAAUACAGCGGCAACAGCCAAAUCAGCAACAGCAGGCUCCACACCAACAUCAUCAUCAACAUCAACAUCAAAACCAACACCAAAUACCUCAUUUGCCUCAGCUGUUGUCGCCACAUGGUGGCCAACAACAGACGCAGCCUGGUAGCACAUCCGGUACCGGAGCUAGUAAUAACAAUCAGCGUUCACCCACGAUUAAUGUACCUAGUUUGCAAAUUCAAGCUGACAACACCUCAUCAGUAAUGAUAAGUAUGAUGCGCAACUCUCUGGAUUCUGGUCUUGGUGGAAUGCAUCAAUUGGAGCCAUUACAUCAUCAUCAACUUCAAUCCACGAAUUUUGCACAGGCUUCUUCGCUUCAGGGACCACCACAUCAUCAUCCCCAGCACCAUCACCAGCAUAGCCACAGCCACAGCCAUAACCCGGAAACCACACUAAGAAUGCAUCAGCAAGCCGAGGCGAUUUUGCGAUCCCACACAGAAGCGGCUUUUCGCCUAGCAGCCGCUUCAGUGGCAGCAACCAAUGUAAACUCUACAGCGCCAAAUAUCACCAGUUCCUCAGUUCCAAUCGUUGUUAAAAAUGAAACAUUGUCACACCACCACCAACAACGUCAAGUCAAUGGAGAUAUACAGACAGCGAGCGCGAACGCAUUACAAGAAGUCCAACCGCAACAGAAUCAAUCAAACUCAUGAAGUC